AUGGCUUUCUUGCUGCACUGCCGCAUCCUUGUUCUGUAUGUCAGCAACAUUCCCCGAUGUUUGGGCAAAACCCUUGUGGUUGUCCGUGCUCUGGAGAUAGCUUUAAUGCCUAAAAAUUACCAGCAUGUUCUUGCCUUCAUCUUUGCAAUUCAAGAGAUCAACAGGAAUGACCAUCUCUUACCCAAUAUCACACUGGGAUUUGAAAUCUAUGACAAUGCUUUCAAUCCACUGAGAGUCAUUUGGAACACUCUGCAGUUCCUCUUCACAGGUCAGGGGAAUCCCUUGAAUUACAACUGUGACAGGAAGCAGCAGCUAGUCCUCGCCAUUGGUGGGCUCACCUCCCCAAAUUCCAUGCCGAUGGCCAGUGUCUUCAAUACCUACAAGAUCCCACAGCUGAGUUAUGGAUCUUUUGACCCUGUGCUAAGUGAUCAAACCCGGUUCCCUUUCUUCUUCCGGAUGGUUCCAAGUGAAGACCUUCAAUAUAUUGGGAUUAUUUUUCUGCUGAAGCAUUUCAAGUGGAAUUGGAUCGGUCUGCUCACAUCAGAUGAUGACAGUGGAGAAACAUUUCUACAAAAUAUGAGACCAAGACUUCUCCAGAGCAAUAUUUGUAUUGCUUUGGCACAAUCCAUUCCAAAAUUAACGAGUCACACAUCAAAUACACACACUGAAAAAAUGCUGGUGGAAAUAGCUAAUGCUGUCUGGAAGGAAGCAAAGCUGAAUGUGUUUCUUGUCUAUGGGGAUAGUCAUUCUAUGGAGGGUUUACGAAUAAUCUUAGAAUCCUACGAAUUUCAUCUUAAGCUUCCAUUGGAGAGAGUGUGGCUCAUAACUGCUCAGUGGGAUUGCACAACUCUUUCUUCAUGGGAUAAAUUCACAGCGAAAUCCUUCAAUGGUUCUUUGUCAUUCACACUUCACACAAAAGUGGUUCCAGGAUUUCAGGACUUUCUUGAGAACAUAAAUCCAUACCAGUCUAUGAUAUAUUUCAUCCAUCAGUUCUGGUGCUUUGCAUUUUUCUGUUCACUCCCAAAGCAUGGCUUAUAUGUUCCAAAUCAAGACAACUGCACUGGGGAGGAGAAACUGGGGAGCCUCCCUGAAUCUGUGCUUGAAAUGGGCAUGUCUGGGCAGAGCUAUAACAUCUACAAUGCUGUUUAUGCUGUAGCACAUGCUCUCCAUACUAUGUAUUCUUCGAAAACUAAACAGAAGGAAAUGGAGAAACUCGGGGGAAAGAGUCUUCUGUUACGGCCUCUUCAUGCUUUUCUGAGCAAUAUCCAUUUCAACAAUAGUGCUGGGGAAGAAAUCUUUUUUGAUGAGGAAGGGAGCCUGCCAACUGGAUACGAUAUCAUCAACUUGGUCACAUUCCCUAAUGACACCUUCCAGAAAGUCCAAACUGGAAGGAUGGAUCCCCUGGCUCGUGAAGGAAAAAGGUUCACCAUGAAUGCAAGUGCUACUGUAUGGAACCAAAAGUUUAAAGAGGAGCUGGCCUUUGCUAAUGAAUAUCCUGGAUUCUUUGAAAGUUCAAACAAUAAGCUGCAAUGGCCGAUGUUCCCAUUAGAAAAAGCUGGUGCUAGGGACCCUGAUGCAGACCAGUGUAAGAUGUGCCCAGAAGAUCAAUGUCCAAAUGAGAAACAGGAUCAAUGCAUCCCCAAAAGAAUAACUUAUUUAUCCUAUGGAGAACCAUUGGGAGCGGUUUUGAUUUCUUUUGCUCUUUUGUUUUCCCUGAUCACCUUUGCUGUGAUUGGGAUCUUUGUUCUGCUCCGCAAAACUCCCAUUGUGAAAGCUAAUAACUGGAGCAUUACCUGUACCCUUCUCUCCUCUCUGCUGCUUUGCUUUCUCUGCUGCUUCCUAUUCAUUGUUUGGCCUAGGAAGGUGACCUGCCUCCUCAGACAAACCGUGUUUGGCAUCACGUUUACUGUUGCUCUUUCUUCUGUGUUGGCCAAAACCAUCACUGUUGUUCUGGCCUUCCUGGCCACCAAGCCGGGAAACAGGAUGAGGAGAUGGAUAGGGAAGAGGCUGGCAGUAUCGGUCAUCAUUCUCUGUUCACUUAUUCAAAUUGGCAUCUGUGCUGUGUGGCUGGCAAACACUCCCCCUUUCCCAGAGUUUGACAUGCACUCUCAGAUCAGUGAGAUCAUUGUGCAAUGCAAUGAAGGCUCAAACACCAUGUUCUACAUCGUCCUGGGCUACAUGGGUUUUCUGGCCAUCAUCAGCUUCACUGUGGCCUUCCUUGCAAGAAAGUUACCAGAUAGCUUUAAUGAAGCCAAGCUGAUCACCUUCAGCAUGCUGGUCUUUUGCAGUGUUUGGAUAACCUUUGUCCCAAGCUACUUGAGCACCAAGGGGAAAUACAUGGUGGCUGUGGAGGUCUUCUCCAUCAUGGCCUCUGGUGGUGGACUGUUGAGUUGUAUCUUCCUUCCCAAAUGCUACAUUAUGAUUCUUAGACCUGAUCUGAACACCAGAGAGCAACUAGUAAGGAAACAAUAUUGA